CUUUAACGCAAUAAAUCGGGGCUGCGUUCUAGCUAGCAUUAGCAACCGUCACCUGGCCACUAUAAAAUACGUGUUAUUUAAUGAGGUUUCAUUAGUAUUGAUUAUUUUACACUCUCACAAUGUUUUACUUUGUAACACGAGUGCAUUAUAUAUUUUUGGGUACCGUUAUUUAAAGAGGAUUAUCGGGUAAUCUAAAGCUAACCCAGCUAGGUUUUACAUUAUAUCAGAAGAGUCAGAAACAGGUUUAUAUACAUGGUGCAACAUAAACACAGUUAAAGAAGCUAAAAGGACCAGUGACCACUCAACUCAUUCCCGAUGAAUGCACUUGAAUGAUCAAUAACAAUGUUUUCGUCAAAGGUUGUCCCUCGUCUCAAUCUAUUACUUAGAUCAACCUGUGCACUUCAAGCCCAUGGAGAAAUUUUGAAUGGACGUGUACAACAUGUACUUCCUGCUUACUGCUCUUCACUACAACAGAAACCGAGAAACUACUCAACAGCGGCAAACAACACAUCUCCUCGAUGGGUGCAACUCGACCCAGAUCUGGAGGAAGUUCUUGUGCCGCGUAAACUGUCAGUGAGUCCCCUGGAGAGCUGGCUCUCCCUGCGCUACUCCCUUCCUCCCCUGCUGGAGUGCCCUCUGCCGCAGGAGGAGGUGGCGUUACUGGAAGAGCAGUUGCUGCCACCCUUCUCUGUCCCUGUGCUGGAGGACGGGGAAGACUCAGCGGCACCCCUUAGUUGUAAAAAUGUUCUGGAGAUCCGACGGCGGAAGAUCAACCGGCAUAAGUACAAGAAGCUGCUAAAACGGACUAAAUUCUUGAGGAAGAGAGUGAUGGAGGGCAGAGGGAAAAAGAAGCAGAAACGAUUUGAGAAGGAUCUGAAGAGGAUUUGGACACAAGCUGGACUGAAGAAGGCUCCAGAAGGAUGGAAUACACCUAAGAUCUUCCUUAAACAGCACGGAAACAAAAAGGACUGAAAAACACUGACCGUAUUUCAAGUUUGACUUGCAUCCUUCACACUGGACGGCUCUACACACCUUAACACCAAAUCAGUCAGCCUAUUCCCUGUGUGUACCAUUUUUUUAACUAAGUGUUGAUCAUCUAAUAAAAAUGUUUCUCCAUCAAGCCAAA